CACGUCAUUGAUAUAUGUAUGCAUACGCGCGCCCGUGUGGAUUUUCUAUGGGUGUAUAUGCGUGGCUUGGUUAACGUGCUUUCUUCGUGGAUCUGCGUGCUCUGGUGCGGUACAUGUACGCACACUCUAUGCCAUCGGAAUUCACGAAAAAGGCCAUUCAUACUUGGAGUUGCGCCAAAAUGGGCGCUAUCAAAUAAUUUCAUGCAGUGGGAUUACAUACAAGAAUUGGUAGCACAUGGUGGUGUGUCAGAUAUAUAUGGUUUAUGUCACAAAGAAGAAAAUAUAAAUGUAUCAGAUUUAAACUCAACAUAUGUUAAUCAAUUUAUAAACUUCUUACAACCAAUAAACAACAACAAAGCAUCAAAUUCUGAUAUACAGAAGGAAACAGUUGAUAAAUGCUUAUCAGAAUUCUCAGAACUUGUGCUUAAAAAUCGCACAGAAAGUUAUAGUACCUGUCACAGUGACGAUAGUGAAAUAAAAACACCUAAUUUAUUCAGUACUAACAAAACCACAGCUACCUAUUCAUUCUGCAAACAUAAAACUGACAAUUUGGACAAAACAAAAGAGGAAAUUCAUCAUCAUAAAGUUAUUGAUUGUUUCUCUUGCUUGUCAGAACAACUGAACACACAAAAUAUUAUACAAUACAAAGCUUUGUCUAAAGUUUUGGAACACUAUAAAAAUACUUGUAACCUUUUAUAUGUUUCUGAAGAAGACAAACCACUUAAUUUAGCAAAAAACUUGGAAAAUAAUAAAAGCUAUUGCAAUAAACAAAGUGAAGAUAAAAAGAAGCUGUACAAUUUAUCACACAUAAAGACAUCUUUAAAGGACUCUACCAUUUUGGAUCACGCAAAUUAUUCCUGUAACAUAGAAAAUUGCUGCAACAUAAAGUACAAGGAAAUAGAUUAUGGUUUAUUGAAAUUCUCAGAUCUAGAUGAUUUGUCUCAUAAUUUAAAAUCAGAUAAAGUGUUACUUAAAGCUCCAAGACACAAAUUAUGUAAAAAUUUAGAAGCACACUCAAAUUUUAUAUCAAACAAAUACUUAGAGCGAGAAAGUGUUCUUGCUCAUGAUAAACAAUUGUGUGCUAAAACUUCAUUACUUCUAUGUGAGAAAAAAAAUUCUGAUCUGUUUUUUACACAUUCACAUCUGAAUGUCAAAGAUACAGAUAUUAAAAGUGAAUUUUGUUCAGAGGAACAGACAAAUAAGUCAAAGUACACAUAUUUUACAAGUACUUGGAAACCAACAUUAAGUAAUUGGGAGAAUUUCGAAAUGUCAGGACAAUAUCCAGGUCAUAGCCGACCUCCGGUUGGUACCCCUCCACCUCAGACAGUUUGGAAUCACCUUACAAUGACACAAGGUCAAGUUUCAGGCCUGAAUAUUCAUCCAACAGCUUUGUCAGGUGCUGCAUUAAGUCCAGCUGGAUUUUAUACACAUCCAUCUAUGGCUAGAGCAUCUCAUUUAACAUCACAACUUACACCACAACUUGCACAUACACAAGCACCUCCAACAUGGCAUACACCGACGGUUCCAUCGAAAACUGUUACUCCAGCCAAUACACCCGGAAAUCCUUUGUUUAGUUUACAAAUGCUAGUAGAUAAUAGGCAGAAUCAAAGUCAGUAUAGAAAUUCACCAGGUUCACAAAGUACAUUAGAUUUAUCUUCUACAUCUGAAAUUAUUCCUGAAAAUUAUUCUCGAAUACCUCAAGAUAUCCCAAUAAGUUUGACUGCAAGAAGUGUAGAUAAGGGUAGUAGAAAUGGAAAUAUAAUUUCUCCCCCAAUACCUUUGAAUGGAGAAACUUCAUCGGAUAGUGGAAUUAGUUCAUCAGUUCCAACACCUAAUUCUGUUAGUGAACCAGUUUCACUCUCAACUAAAGAAGUUACAACACCUAAAAUAACAGUAAAAAAUUUUGAAAGCAAUUUAAAAGGUGUGGCAAAUCUUCAUGAUAAGAUUAAAGAAAUGAGUGUAGAUAAUUUCACGCAAAAAGUUAUAAAUUUACCACCUAGUGUAACAAUUGAGAGGGUAAUUUCAGAGAAAAAAGAGCCUGAAGUUACAAAAACUAAAGAUACAUUAAGUGUUAUUGCACAAGUGCCAAGAAAUGUUUUGCCUGUUAUUGUGAAUCUUACAUCUAGAAUGGACAAAGAUGUAACUGAUAGUCCAAAAAGAGAAUCGUCUUCAGAACGAGAUCGGAAAAUUGAAGAAACGAAUGUAAGAUCACCUAAGAAUUUACCAAAAAGAGGUAAGAAGGGUGUGGAUUCUCUUUUAGAGAAAUUAGAAGGAGGAAAUAAAAAGCUUGGCAGUGCAGAAAAUAUUGGAUCUGUUAUUGUAAUGCCAGUAGAAGAGAAAGAUACAUCAAGUGUUAAAAGUAUGUCUCCUGAUAGACAAAAGUCUAAAUCUCCAAAUAGGGAAGAUGAGGUUGUAUCUCCAGCAUUCAGUAAUGAUGAUUCUAAUGAUAAUACUAAGCAACGCAGAAAAAGAAAGUUAGAGAAGCCUGUACGGCUUAGUAAAGAUUCUAAAACGGAAGUAGAGGACAUGGAAUUAGAACCUACUGAACCAACAGAACCUAGAACAAGUGAACCAGUACCAGAAGAAGCAACAAAUGCAACUCCAGUUGUAAAAUUAGAAGAUAAUACUGACAUAACGGAACAGAGAAUACCUGAAAAAGUAGAGGAAAGUGUAGAAGAAAGAAGUGAAGAAAAUCAACCAAUUAGAAGGCGGAGAAGUAGUGAAAGUACACCUCCUAGUUCAACUCCAUCAAAUCAGAGGAUUAGAAGAAAAUCCAGCGAUGAUGCGACUGAAUUUUCAAAAGUAAUGAGUCCAAAACCUGUAAAUAAUACAAAUUCAUUUAAUGAAGUUGAAUCAGAACUUGAAAAGAUGUUUGCGGGUAUUGUUGAAACGGAGACGGAAGUCAAAAAAGAAGAAUCAAAAUCAGACCUAAGAGAACCUGACCUUCAGACUGGCAACCUAACGAAAACGGAAAAUUUAGAAAAUAAUGUUUUACAUACAAAAGAAACGCAGAAUGUAAAUCCUACUGAUGUUUCAUCAACGGUUCAUACAAAAUUAUCUGGAAAAAAAGGAAAAAAAACUAAAGUUCAGGGAGGGAAACGGAAAAUGUCGAGAUCUUCUGAAAAUAUUUUUGGAACUGUCGGUAAUGAUAUACCUCAAAAGGAAAUCAAAAAAAGGAGAAUGUCUAAGAGUUCAAAAAAACAAGACACUUCGAAAAAGACAAAGAAAAAUACAAAAGUAGAUGGAGUAAGAGAAAUGGCAUAUGAUUCUGGAUCAAAUGCAAGUUCUAUUAGAUCUCGUGGACCAGUAGUUCAUGUUGAAGGUCCAAGGGACAGUCCAUUGAGCAUUCAGGUAGUUAAUGCACCACGGGAAGAAGAAGAAGAAAAAAGUAAAGAAAAACGAAAGAGUAUUGGAAAUGGUAGUGCAGGAAGAAGUAAGAGACUCAGUCAUCAAAACGAUUUGGACUACAGGGGUAAAGUCAGUAGAGCGGGUCUCUUUAGUUCAACGUUGUCCUCGCGUUAUGACGCACAUACAACAGAUUCCACAUGGGUUUGCGUAUUUUGUAAACAAGGUCCUCAUUCUGUUGUACCUGGGGAUCCUUCUCGACCGCAUCCGAAUCUAGCUGGUCCUCACAUAGCACCUGGAACUUAUACUGUUCCAGCUGGUGUUUUAAGUGAUUUAUUUGGACCAUAUUUAAUUGGUAAAGAACGUUUAGAAGAUGGAAUCCUUUCAGCUGAUGAACAAGAGAUUACUACAGAACAGAAAAAAGGUGGUAAGAAUAAAAGAAGUUUGAGGUACGCUGGAUUAGCCGACCAGUUUACUGCAAAAAUGGGUAAAAAGAAAAGGAAUUCCAUUGAAAGUAAUACUAAUGCCAUGUUUACGGGAAUGACUUUACUCCCAGGAGAAGAACAACGUUGGGAGGUUUGGCUUCAUGAACAGUGUGCUGUUUGGGCAGCUGGAGUGUACAUGGCAGGCGGUAGAGUAACAGGUUUGCAAGAAGCUGUAUGGGAUGCAGCAAAGUCGAUAUGUGAUUCCUGUGGUUUAACAGGAGCAAACAUUGGUUGCGUUAAACGAGGUUGUAAAGCCGUUACACAUUAUCCUUGUGCAUUAACAAAAGGUUGGCACUUGGAUACUAAUCAGUAUAUACCGAAAUGCAACCUUCAUCGAGUUACGUGAAACUUCGGUG